AUGCGUCAUAUUGUUACACGUUCACUUCAUGCUGUUAGUAAAAUACUUUCACUUAAUGAAGCUGAACAAUUAAUACUAAACCUGACACGUUCAAUUGCUGAAACAAAAAUAAUUAUUCUUAAAAAUUCUGAAAUAGAAUCUCAAUGUUUACUACAAAUUGACGUUCGAAUUGUGCGAUUGGAAUAUUUACGAACAGUUCGUGUUAAUGAAAAAGUUUUUAUGAAAGAAGAACAAAUGAAAAAAAAAUCUGGUUGCGAAAAUAAUGUUACUAUUCAAGGCGUUGAACAAAUGAUAAAAGAUUAUGCAAAAGAAAUAAAUUUAUUUAAACAAACUAUAAAAACUGAAAAAGAUGCACUCAAACCUGAAGAUAUAUUUCCCUUAGUUGGAAGUGUUUAUCGAUUACCUAUUAAUGGAAAAAAACAGUCGUGA